AUGGCAGUCCCUGAAGGCGAUUUCUUGGUUGGGUACGCAGAUGACCUUGCAGUUGUCAUAACCGCAAGAGACACGGAGGGGGCACAGCUGUUGCUCAACCAGGUCAUGCGCAGAGUCAUCUCCUGGAUGGAAGACCACGGGCUAUCUCUGGCAGCCCAGAAGACAGAGAUCGUGCUACUUACGAAGAAGCGCAUCUACACCUUGCGCAACUUCAUAGGAGACACGGCGGUCCAGGCUAAGUCGGCUGUCAAAUAUCUGGAUAUAAUGCUCGACAAAAACCUUAAUUAUGGCGAGCACAUACUCAGGGCAGCCGACAAGGCGGCAAAAGUAGUAGCCUCGCUUGGCACACUCAUGGCAAACGUCAACGGGCCCCGUCCGUGCAGGAGGCGACUACUGAUGUGUGCCGCCGAAGCAGUGAUGCUGUACGGCGCUGAAGUCUGGGCCAAGGCGCUGCAAAAGGAGAAAUAUCGCAAGCGCAUCGCCGCCGUACAGAGGAGGGGUGCUCUCCGAAUCGCGUGCUCCUACCGCACGGUCCCUGAGCCCGCGGUGCUAGUGAUCGCGGGGGUAAUCCCGAUCGAUCUACUAGCCCAGGAGAGACAAUUCGUCCACCAGCAAAGGUGUGUUCUAGGAAAGGAGGGGGCAUUAAGGCUCACCAGGUCUACCAGCAUCGAGACCUGGCAAAGCAGAUGGGAACAGGAGCAUCGGGGCAGAUGGAUGGCCCGACUCAUCAGUCGGCUAGACAGCUGGCUAAACAGAGAGGUGGGGGAGGUCGACUUCUACCUCACUCAAUUUUUGACAAGGCAUGGUCUGUUCUGCUCCUACCUCGCAAAAAUGAGGAAGGUAGCUGACGGCAACUGA